AUGGGCAACUUCUCUUUGAAGUGGCGCUGGGAUCCAUCAGCUUCCAAGCUCAUUAUUGACUUCUGGAAAGACAUGAAGUUGCUCGAGUGGCGUUGGGACGAGCUGGUUCCCAGCAAGGAUCUGCGAUUCCCCAGCCUGGUGGCCGACUGGUCUGGAACAGGGCAUGUUGGAGGCAGCUCUUUCAGCUACUCCAUGCUUAGCCUUGUGGCCGAGAACUUUCAGCAAGCUGAACAGGCAGGGAAGACUCAGCGCCUGGACUCCGAAGGGGCUUUGAAUGAUGGCGACAGCAAAGUACUCGUACCAGCUCUUGAGGGCUGA